AUGGCCUCUCAAGAGAAGAUCACCGUGCACAACCUGGCGGACCUGAAGAACACGUCCGACGAUGCGAUCCCCAACUACCUAAACUCGCUCAAGUUCAAGCAGAUCCACACCCUUACCGACACCCGCCUCGCUCUGGGAUACAGCGCCUUCCUCAUCUCCGCUGCUUGCUUUGGCUGGGACUACAAAUUCGGCUUCGAGAACACCAAGUGGCUGACGGCCAUUGCCGUGACCAUCUACACCGUCCUCAACACGGCCCUCACCUACUGGAUCUCGUUCGUCGAGAAGGGCGUAGUGUACCAGGGCGUCGCGCCCAGCGGGGACAAGAUCUCCAUUGCCACGUCCACCAAGAAGAACGUGCCCACGUACGAAGUCAAGAUUACCAUCACGCCCAAGAGCGGCAAGCCCGAGACGAUCGAGAUCAAGCGCUCCUUCACCGAGUGGUUCGACUCCGCCGGCCACUUCAUCGCCGCCCCCUUCCAGUCCGUCUUCGCCGCCUCCGUGCCCCUGAUCGCAAAGGCAGACCCCAAGCGUGCCGAGACGGCAAAGCAGGCGCCCGCCGCCUCGCAGUCGGAGUUCCUAGACGUCGACCCGGCCAUGCUCGAUGCCAUAGCCGCAGGCACCGCCACUGGUGCAGAUGCGAGCGCGGGGAAGAAGUCCAAGAGGAGAAAGGCCUAA